CGUGCGUAAAACCAGGUCACAAAUAAAUACAGGUAAAUAAUAAAAGUUGUAUUUAAAAAAAUAUAUUUGGACAUAUGUAUUUCCUUAAUCCAACAGUUAGUCUCACCAGAAAGGUGAACAUAUUUCCAAUUCUAAGGUGGUCUGGUAAAAUGCGCAAAGCGUCGCUGCUCACCAAUAAAACCCACUAUUCUGUGAUGUAACAGUCGCCAUGACAGUUCGUCGCUAGGAAGAGAGUAAGGCAAUUUCAUGUGAACAGCUCCCUGGUCCUGAAUUCGUCUUUGACAAAUGAUCAUUUAAAUUUGCAUUGCAUUACAACGCCGGAAAUUGUCGUCGUCUCGUCUUCUCAUAUUCAAAAAGGUCCCAUUUGGUUGCAUUGCGCAAAACAGUCAAACGAUGGCUGGACAUCGCAUCGUUCAGCCUUGUAAAAGGUACGUCUCGGUCUUUCUUCUUUUCUCUGCCGCCCUGAACACGGUGUAUGCGGUUACUCACUACUCUGUUCCCGAGGAAAUGGAGGAAGGAUCCGUUAUUGCUAAUCUGGCCUCUGAUUUGGGGCUGAACACGAACAGUCUCAGUAAACGCAAGAUGCGCUUGGAUGUUAUCGCCAACAAAAAAUAUCUGGACGUUAACAAAGAGACUGGCGAGCUGUAUAUCGUCGAACGGUUGGACAGGGAAUCUCUUUGUACAACUAAGACAGCGACGUCAUGUUUUCUUAAAAUGGAUGCAACAAUUGAAAAUCCAAUAAGGAUGUUCAAUAUAGAAUUAGAAAUCAUGGAUAUUAACGACAACGCGCCACAUUUUCGACGGGACACAAUGGAUUUGGAUAUAUCAGAGUCUACUCCGGUGGGUGAGCGAUUCUCUCUGAACAAUGCAGUGGACCCGGACGUUGGUAGCAACACUGUUAAAACCUACCACCUAAGUGAGAGUGAACAUUUCAAUAUCGAAAUACAGACCGGAAGAGAUGGAGCAAAGUUUGCUGAUUUGAUUCUGAAAAAGGCUUUAGACCGAGAGCAGCAGGCGGUUCAUAAUCUAAUACUCACCGCUGUAGAUGGUGGAGUCCCCGCGCGCUCCGGAACAGCCAACAUCAUUGUUCGGGUUCUGGAUACAAAUGACAACGCCCCUAAGUUUAAUAAAGACACUUACAAAAUCGAUAUAAUGGAAAACUCUCCAAUUGGAAGUCUUGUGGUGAAGUUGAAUGCCACGGACUUUGACGAGGGCACCAAUUCGGAAAUAACAUAUUCAUAUAGUUUGUAUACAUCGGAGAAAACGCAAGGCACUUUCAGUUUAAACGCUAACAAUGGAGAAAUAACGGUAAAAGAAAUGAUAAAUUAUGAAGAUUUCAGGAUUUAUGACAUGGAAGUAAUAGCAACAGAUAAGGGAGCCAAUUCCUUGUCAAGUCAGUGUAAAUUAACAAUUUUAGUUACAGAUAUGAACGACAAUCAUCCAGAAAUGUCCAUAAAAUCGUUUCUUAGUCCUAUAAAGGAAAAUGUAGCCAUAGACACGGUGAUAGCAGUGGUUAGUGUCAGCGAUAAAGAUUCAGGUGAAAAUGGAAUAGUCAAUAUUCACAUUGCGGAUCAAUUACCUUUUGCGCUGAGAGAGUCUUCUGAUAACUAUUUUGAGUUGGUAGUUUCACAACCUCUGGAUCGUGAGAAGGUCCCAGAAUAUGACAUAACUUUUACGGUAACAGACAGGGGUUCCCCUCCGCUAUCUGACAACGAAACUAUGACUUUAGAACUACUAGACGUUAACGACAACGUUCCACAGUUCCCUCAGUCGUUCUACACUAUUCCCGUUAUGGAGAAUAACGCCCUGGGCCUUGCUAAGUUCCCUCAAGCUGCGUUUGAUCCAGACCUCCAUGAAAACCACAGUAACGUGACUGUCCACAUCAUUAUUGUUGGACCAGAACGACACACAACCACCGGUCAUAGUGUCUCCGUGGCGCGUGCUACGGCUCCGUGGGUGGGAGGAAAAAGAUCCCCAGAUCCACCGGAUAAAGGAUCCCUGGUCUCCAAGGUGAUAGCCAUAGACAGGACUGGGGGACAGGGGUCCAGAAUCAUGGCAGGGGAGUUUCAUUCCAUACCCCAGUUUCUACAGUCUGUUUCUAGCGGAGACGAGGAAAGGAAAGCUGGUAGUCAGACAGCCUGUGCCAAAGGCGGGCUCCAGAUACAUUGUGUCCAGUCUACCAAGGAGCACGGGCCUGACAGAGACCAGCGACUCAGCGGCCUCUACUCUGCAGGUAAGAAAUACAAUGCCUACUGGUACAGUCUGUUUCUAGCGGAGACUAGGAAAGGAAAGCUGUUUGUCAGACAGCCUGUUCGAAAGGCGGGCUCCAGAUACAUCGUGUCCAGUAGCCUCCAGUAG